AUGCCUAAGAAAGACAAAAAGAAAGAAAGAAAAGAUAAAAAAAAUCUUAAAAAAACAAAUGACGCAGCAGCUGCUGCUGCAAUAACUGCUGCACUUUUACAAUGCAAUAUUUCACCCCAACCGAUGCCAAAAGGUGAUACAAUUUUAAGUGACGAAAUCGAACCUAAUCUGCUUUCUAAGUGGCCAAAGCUUAGGUUAAAAGUUCCUCCUAUAUUUUUACAUCAACCAGUAGACUUUGAACAUUAUGUUAAGAAAAUACUUAACAAAGGUAUCAAGUUCUAUCAGCCAAAUCGUGGUAAAGUCUAUACUAGAAUUAUGUGUGAAACUUUCAAUGACCAUAAACGUUUGACCCAAUAUUUUGACAAGGAACAAAUACCUUAUCAUACGUUUGGAAACCCAACUAAAAGGAAAAUGAAAGUGGUCAUCAGAGGGCUUCCAGAGGCCUUAGAUUUGGAUGAAAUUAAAGAAACUUUAAAGUCAAAUUCCAUACCUAUUAUAAGACUGCAUAAAAUGAAGACAGGAGAAGUAAGAAGAGACAAUUCAAUGUUAGUUCUUGCAGUUGUGCCCCACGAUGAAAAAGGCAAACACAUUUUACGAGUUAAACAACUGUUAGGGCAUAAAGUAGUGCUAGAACCUCCAAGAGAUAAACCAAAACAGUGUUAUCGUUGCCAGAAGUGGGGUCACUCACAACGUUACUGUCACGGUCAAGUAAAGUGCGUCAAGUGUGGUGAAAAUCAUUUAACGCAAAGAUGUCAGAAAAAACCUGAAGAAAGACCAAAAUGUGCCAAUUGUAAGGAAACACAUACUGCUAGCUUCAGGGAUUGUGUCUAUACUCGUGGAUCUUAUGAUUAUUCACUGAUGCAAUUUCUGGGAUUAUUAAAGCCAUGCUUUAAGCCACGAGUCCUAGUAACAGAUGAUAAUUAUACCACGUUGUAUAGGAAUGUUGAUUAUGAUAAGAAGAAAACAAAAACUCUUUAA